AUGAGUCAGUUGUUUUCAGGAACCACUGCCCAUGUUGGUAUACGCCUCCAUGGUGAUUAUGGCAAGUCAGCUCGCCAGCAUGUUAGCAAGCCUGGGGCUUUCGGACGAAACUGCUCAGACAUGUUUAUCAUUGCCUAUGACGUCAACCUUGGAGACCUGAAAAGGUUCAGAUAUGGCAUGAUAACACGGGUCUGUCGCCUUCAUGCCCCAGAAGAGAUGCACAAGUUCGGCCACCGCAUGUCCACGGCUGUGUUCAACUCACUGGCAGACAAGCACCUGUGGCUCUCCCUGCUCAACCGUCCCGCGCAGAGCAGAUUCACGCGGGUCCAGCGCCUCACCUGUUGCUUCACACUUCUGUUCACCUUUACAACCAACGAGGAUCUUGGAUGGGACAAUUUCGGCUGGGAGGAAAUGGUGCUUGCGCUCAUAAGCAAUGUCAUGGUGCUGCCGUUCAGUAUCGGCCUCAUCUAUCUGUUCAAGAGGAGCAAAUCUAAGUCCAACAUCUUUGACCGUAUUCAGAAACCCCAGACAGCUCAGACUCUAGAGAUAGAAAACUACUGUGAAGAUUCCCAGGCCGGGUCCCUCAAUAGUUCCAACAUGGGCGCCAUUCCAUAUGACCCUGGAAAGGGAGAGCACCAUCGACUCUGUGCCAAAUGCCCCAGGCCAGGUCCCUCAAAACGAUCCCGCCAUGUUGCCAAGACUCACCGCGAGAACACAGACGACAGUCUGUACCAGAAGCCGCGACCAUCUGUGGCAUGGCCCGAUAACGUGCCUUCAUAUGAGGACGGCAACGAUUCACGUCCCUCCACCAGCUCUACAACUUCCAAUCAGCCCACAGUACGGCAGGCUCCCUGCAAACCAGGCGGGGCCACCCAGGAGGCCAGAAAGCAAACGCUCGAGCCACUCACUGAGAAAGGCCUCCACAACCAAUCCUCGCAGUGGGGAAGCUUGGAGGACAUCCUGAACUCGGACGAUGAGAGCCUCAUAGACGGGGGCAAGCAGAGGGGCAUGAAAAAACGAGGCUCCACACUCAGCCAGGCCAGCUCACAGCAAAAAUUCAACCCAAGGUCUGAUCCCAGGAUCAAUGGCAAUGGAUCUCAUUGGCCGAAAACUCGUGAGUCACUAGCCAGCAGAACGUCUGCUGGAGGUUCCUUCUCCCAGCGACCCGGCACAACAGGCGUAACUGCUGGACUUAGACCUGGUUACUACAGCGAGAUGACAAUGGAGUCCCACGACGUGAAGAUGCAUGCGCCCAAGGAGAAGUGCACGCUGCCCCACUGGUGCGUGUACAUCGCAUACGUGAUCUGCCUGAUGCUCAGUGCCUUCUCCACAGUCAUGGUGGUCCUCUACUGCUUCCAGUUCGGCUACAGCGAGUCCAUGCAGUGGCUGCUGGCUCUAAUCCUGUCUCUUGUCAUGAGCUUCCUUGUCAUCGAGCCCCUCAAGGCCUUCCUGAUUGCCGUGUACGUGGUUGCUAUGAUGAAGAGUGUGGAAGAAGAUGAGGAUGAUGACCAGAUAGAAAUCAAACCAACCUUUGACAACUCAAACGAAAAGAUCAAGGACGAGAAAUUCCGGCCUAUCGGAGGUUUUGCCCUGGUUCGAGCCAAGGAGGAAGGUCGUAGAAUACACCGUAUGAACAUCAUGAUUCGCCAGUUUGUCGCGUAUGUUUUCUACCUGUGGCUGAUGAUGGCGAUUGUCUACAUACACUUCAGUUAUAACUCCUAUCUGAUGACCAAACAGGUUGAAUGUGACUUCUUUACUCCGAAAACAGCAUCUGGACAAAACUUCUCAAGAAUCAGAAGUAUUGAAGAGUUCUGGGACUGGACAGAGAACGUGUACACUGACUCGCUGUACCUCAAGGACACGGCUACAGACGAGGAACAUGGCUAUCUACUGGGCCCGGCCAGAAUGAGGCUCAUACGUGGACUAACAUCCAAGUGCCAGGCCUCUAACGCUGCAGCCCACUACGGAGCCUCCACUCUGACAGACCGUACGUGUCACGGAGAGGGGCAGUACGAGGAGGACACUGGCACCUACACAGAGGGAUGGAACGGCAGCAACUCUAAUGGCUCAUGGAAACAUUACUCAGCCACUCAGCUUGGAAGCACCCACAAGCUUGGCCAUGUAGCCAUCUACCCUGGCGGUGGCUACCCCAUGGAGCUGGGUACGACCUACCACGAGACUCUGACCAUCGUCCAGGACCUCAAGGACAAGGGCUGGGUCGACCUGCUGACCCGGGCAGUCAUCUUUGAGUUUGCUCUGUAUAGCCCGGGCUCCGACAUCACGGCAAUGGUGGCCAUGCUUGUUGAGUUUCCACUUACGGGGGGCGCCAUCGCAAGCUAUGAAGUACAGAGCGAGAAACUGUUGUGGUUUGAAGACGGGAAAGUGGACCCACUCAUGGUUCUCGAGUGCAUCUUGUUCCUGGUUUGCCUCUACUCCUGGGUGCACCUGACCCUCCAGAUACGAGAGCUGGGCCGGCAGUUCUUCAAGGACUGGUGGAACUAUUACGAGAUCGCCACCACCCUCAUGACAACUGUCACUGUGGGGAUGUACAUCGGCUGUGUUGUCGAAGCCACCAGCACAUUCAACGAGUUCUUGGCAAAUAUGACUAGUUUCACAAAUUUCGAGCGGACCGCGUAUAUACAUGUGGGAACAAGAUACCUCCAGGCGUGGUUGCUGUUCCUUCUGAUGUACAAGGUGGUGAAGCAGUUGCGUUUCGUCAAGUUCAUGAAAGUGUACGAAGAAACAUUGAGUGCAGCUUUCAGCCACCUGCUGGGUACAGGCCUGAUCUUUCUCAUACUGCUCAUGGUGUACGCACAAGUGGGAUACUUGUUGUAUGGCCGUGUUCUGGCAGAGUUCGAGACAGUGGGUCAUGCAGCCAACACACUCCUUGUGAUGAUUCGUGGACAUUUCAACUUCCUACCGAUGCUGGACCAUCAAGAGACCUUUACCCACUUCUAUGUGUACUCCUACUAUGCCUUUGCCUACGGUAUCAUGGUUGCCCUGGUGGUGGCCAUACUGCAGAGCACGUACCACACCAUCAAGUCCCAGCAGACCUUCAAGGCCAGUAUCGAGAUGCAGGACCACGAAAUGAUUGAGUUCAUGUUGAAGAGAUUCAAACUCUGGGCUGGCAUACAAAAACCUAAGCCGGCAUUCCGUCGCGUGAGAUUUCCAGGGUUCCCGUCGAUAUCUAGUCGGAGUUCGUCUAGCUAUUCCAAUCGCAGUUCCGCAUCCGAGCAGACUGUGCCAGCGACUGUCGUGGAACAAGAGUUCUCCCGUGUCCAGCUUAAUAGCAUGAUGGCACGACUCACUCCAACCUGGAAUGCAGUCUUGAAACGCAUGGAGAAGCUUGAAGUCUUAGAAAAUGAUGAGGAAGUUCUAGUCAAGAAAGCAGAGAAUGAGAUGAAAGAUCUGAACUGGAAAUGCCGCAUAAACGAGCUGGAGCGCCAAAGAAAGGAGCUCCUGAACUGGAAAAAUCAGCCCGGGGGCAGUUCCAAGGCUCCAAGUGGGGAGGGGGCUACUCAACCUAGACAAUCAGUGGGCAAACGUGGGCCCAACAGAGACAACACGGAGCGCAAGGCUCCUGCUACGGUCACAGGUGGCGCCACUCGGGAUCAACCCUCAGGGAAUCCUGGGGACGAGCAGGGAGCCACAGGCGGGCGGCGGCCCCUCAGUUAUCAGGGGGCACGUCUAGAGGGGACUACGCCCGGGACACGGAGAGCGUCUUCCCAGGAUAAAAAUACACAGGACAAAAACACGCUACAGAAGUUUCUAAAAAGUGUGAAGCCUUCAAAGGCCGCAUGGAAUAAGUGAGUGAAUGGCUUCGAGUGUUAGAUUAUUUAUAUGUAUAUACAUUACAUGAUAUAUAUUCAGAGUAGGGAUUGAAUCUUAAAGGGUAAAUAAGAUAGUUGGGACUUUUAUUUGAUCAAAUAUUUCUCCAAGCAGGUGGACAAUUGUUGUUAUUAUCAAUCACUCUCAUAUGCCAAAUAAUCAUUUAUGUCUUUCAUUAGUGCUAACAUGUGAGGUAAUGGACUCACAAUUCCAAAUAAACACUUCCACGCGUUUAGAGAGUGUAAUGAUGCGCAAAUAAGUAGACAAUUGUUGUGAAAAGCGCAUAUAGUGUUUGGACACAUGUGUCUGGUAAUAGUACCCGUGUUACCGCUAAGUAGCUCAAGAAAGGAUGGAGUGCUCAGAGUGCCAACACAAACUGCUGAUAUGAGGAGACCAGACAGUCAGAACUAACUGUGCUUAUCAAGGGAGAGAAUUCAUAUGCUGAUAAAAACAGUAUUCCAUAAACAGAGCUGCUGAUGUCACCUACAUGUGAUACAUUUACUUGAAUUGUUUGUUUAUUUUGAAAACACAUUAUUGUAUUAGUCAAAAUCUUAUUAUGUUUUUUUGUUGUUUUCUUUGUUCAGUUGUUCUUGUGUGAUACAAUCAGUUUGUGCCAACUGUCUCCUUUUAUAUUAACAUGUAAGUUUCCUUAGUUGUGAAGCUAAGAUGAAUAGUUUUGUACAUUUUGGAAUUAUUUACAAAAACCUGAUUAGUGAUAUACGUAUAUAGCUGCCAGCAAUUUGCUGCUGAUAUAUGCUUACAUAUACCUAUAUGAACAUUCCAAUUUAUCGAUGAAACAUUAUUGGAAUAAAAUGAAAUGAUAGGUAUGCAUUAUACAUUUAUUAGCUCUGUAUUGGUUCCAUUUGGUAUAGACAGUGUGUGGGUAACUAAUCUUCUACUACUGGUUUGCAUGCAGAUGCUAGGAUAUUCCAAUGACUUGCAAUAGUUAGUUUUAUACUGAUGAUACAUAUAGAACAAUAAUGUAGUUUAUUAUGUUAGAAAUAAAACAUCAGGUUUUACUUGUUACAGAACUGUCAUAGUGCCUGUCCUAUGUAGAUGUAAAUUGAAAUACAUAAUUUCAAACUAAAUGUGCAUUACUCUAAGUGCUUCUUCAUUCGAUUGUGCUUUUUUUAUAUUCCAAUACAUAUUUCUAGGACUAUGUUUACAUAAGUUAUCUUUGAUACCACAGUGCCUUAUCAUAGAUUUAUGUAUGAUUGUUUGUAUUAAUUUUACCUACUGCUGAUCAGUAAGAUUGCUUUAAUAGUAUGUGCCUUUUGGGUUAAUUGUAAUUUACUUUUGUGAGGAAGUGCAUUAAAAGAUUGAAUGGUUAUUCCACCCAAAAAAAGCUAAUAAAGAUGUUAAGAAGACUAAUAUAAGCACGGAAACAUCUAGAAUUGUGAUUAAUGAUGCAAAUGUUUUUUGCCUGUUUACUGUACAUAUAUAUUUGAUAGUAUAUAUACCUUUAUAUAUAUAUAAAAAACAAUGCAUUUAUAUCUAAUCACAGGAAGUGCUGAUGUUUGUGAUAAUCCGUGAGAAAUCCGUCCAAGAUUUAUUUAUUUAUUUCCUUUUGCAUCAAGAACUUUGUUUAUUGAUUUUUGUCUAUUUGGCCAAAUAAAAAUAACCGUGUUUCUGGUUUCCUGUCCGAAUAAACAAAUGUAAGAAGGUAGAUGGGAUGAGAAUUGUUCAUAUACAUGAAGAUUUACAAAAUAACGCAGAUGGGUCCCAGCAGAUUUAAAAUAAAUAACAAAUAUGCCAGAAUUGAAAAUUCCUGUUUAAAUUUUGAAUAAUUAAUAAUUAUAUAAUUAUUUCAAAGGCUAUUCUGCAUUCAACAAGCUUUAGAACAAAAAAAUUGGGCGGCCAUUAAAAAGGAGCAGGUUUUUUGGGGACCAGAAACACAAAUAAUUUUUUGUAGGCCUUGAAGUUCUUCAUAAUUUGAAUGCCUAUGUGCCACUGUACAACAUGACAUGACAGUAUUUAAAGUAUUAUAGAUUGUGUGAUGUAAUGUUCAUGUAGCAUUAGGGUCUGUUACAAUUUUGCUCAGUGACAUUCCGGUGAUACCAAGUAUUAUUAUAACCUGCGAUACAAACUAAAAUGGGUUUAUACUGUGAUCACUGCAGAUAACUGGCAUUAGACCUUAAUUGUUGGAAACGGUUAUUAACACUAUUCAAUGUUCAACAUUCAAACAUGCUUUGCUUGUGUCUUAUAAAAUUAAGUUGUGCAUGUGCAUGAUCAUUGAUAACACUGGCCUUAUUUGCUCUUUUUUAUUGGAAAAUUGGUGAAAAAAUUAGCACAAUAAAAUUGACUAUUACAGUAAUCUGUGGUGAGUUUUCCAAUCUAUAUUUGAUUAGAAGGAUAAACGUUAAAAAAACUGCUUUGUAAUUAGUUUUCUUUUUUACAAAAGGGUACAAUGUACGUUAACAAAAAACUGCUUUGUAACUAGUUUUCUUUUUUACAAAAGGGUACAAUGUAAAACAUUAAAGGCUAAUUUACACGUUCCCAAAAACACAAUCAAAUUAAUAGCCAGGGACUUUGUUUUGUAAAUACCUGACAUUUUCUCAAAUUGUUUCGUAAAUACCUGACAUUUUCUCAAAUUGUUUCGUAAAUACCUGACAUUUUCUCAAAUUGUUUCGUAAAUACCUGACAUUUUCUACAAACUUGUUCAUGGAUAAAAAUGUAUAAAAAGUACCAAAAAAAAAGAAACAUUAAGAACUUAUAGUACAUUCCAUGCAUUCCUUAAGAGGUAUGUAAAUAUUAUAUUAACUAGAAAUAAAAUUGAUUGUUAGUUUAAUAUUUUAUUCAACCUUUCCUUUGUAUCAAGUUUUAUUGUACAAUAUCAAUAUAUUUGUAACAUUUUUUAAUUUAUUAUUUUUUUGACAAAUGACUAACAUUUACAUGAAUGACAAUCUCUUCUGAAAAAAUGAUUUUGUAUUAGAGUUGUUGUACAACAAUUAUUAUUUUAUGUAAUGUAAUAUAGCAUCCACACUAAUUAUGUUGCUAAUUUAAGACUGUAUUUAUUUAUUCCAACAGUUUAAUGUUAAAAAUUGAUGUUACUUUCUUUAAUAUAAAUCUCUGGUAAGUAAUUAAUAUAGAGAAAAAAUAAGUUGCUGAAAUUUUAUUCUUUUUAAAACUUUUGCAUUAAAUGACCUUUAACGCAACAAUUUUUAUAAUCAGGUCAAAUACAAAUUAUGCCCAUGCCUAUUCUAUCUUAUAAUUUUUUUAAGUGAAAUAAACCCCAUACUUGUUUACGUUUAUUAUUUGAUCUGCUUUCGAGUAUACCUAAGUUUAUUUAAUGAAUUGUUUUUAUAACAAAAUACAAAGUUGUUUACGUUAUGUCAUGUAUUAUAAAACAUGAUGUCCGUAUUAUAUUUGAAAUAUGAUUAUCAAUGUUAAGUUUACAUAUUGUUUGUUUGGUACAAAGUUUAGCUCAUCACUGCAUAAGUUUUUGACGAAGUCACGCAUUAUAAAAUUAAGCUUUUGUAAUGUAUUUAUGACUGAAUAAACCCAUUAAACAUC